CCUGAGUAUAGGUUCCCAUUUGUUAUACUUUAAUUGCUUCCAAAGUAACGUAGCCGGUACCCCGUUAUAUUCAUCCAAAUCUCUUCAGUCGUCUCCAACUUGAAAUGACCUGGCCAAAAUCUUCGUUCCGUCCUGACCCUGGUGGGAAAUACUGUUCUUGUCGCGCCUGCAAAUCCUACAACAUGACUCGCCAUCAGGAACUAUUUGCUCCUCCACCUUGGGAAAAGCAUUCUUGUCACUCCUUGAAGGGCCUACCCAUCAGUCAUAUGCCUCGUACCAGGAGGAAACGACAGCGACACUCGGAUGAGGAAUACAGUACUCUCCAGGUAAAUCUUCGUCCUUUUGAUGGCCCGUUUGCACAUGGAACCUUUGAUGAGGACAAUGAAUUUGCUGUUGACAUGCGAAAUGCUAUAUGUACAUCGAUACCAUCUUGUGAGCUUGUACGAUUCCCAGAGCUAGUAUCUCGUAAAAGGGUAGCUCUGAGAAUACUCAAGAACAGUCUGAAUGUCAAACUCGGACCUAGUCAUGCAGUAGGAGUCACUCGUGACCAGUACGAGAAAACAUUCCGAUAUGAGUUCGAGCUCCUAGAAAAGUUAUUGAGACAGACGUGGGCUGUUCGUAUAUCAAAUGGUGAUCUCGGAGUGCGCAUUGACUCAUCAAUUUUCUCCCGCUUACAGGCUGCACUACGACAGCGAAAGCGGCAAGCCAGUCAUUCUCUUGUUAUACACGAGAUAGAUCUUGAUUGUCCUUCAUGGGGCCAGGAUAUUAGUCUCUUUAUGACCGAGAAUGAUUUCGAACUGUACUCCCUCUGUUUUCGGGCAUCUAUUGAGUAUUUUCUGGCAGAAAUGGAUAACCAUCAUGAUUGGGAGACUGGCAAGCCUUGGCCCACACUUGACGAAUGGAGAAAGCAUGCUGGAAAGCUGACGCACUCAAUGCAGACGAUAACAGAUAAAUCAGAGCAGCGAAAUUCCUCGGCAACCGGACACCACCCUCGAAGCAAAGUGAGCAAAUCCCCAUUCUCACUCAAGCCUAGCCCUGUUCUACCAUCAGUGAAGACACGGGAAGUGGGCUUCCUGGAUGGUCCUUGCGAUAUAUCCAUGAAGGGCGAGACCGAAGGUAAACACCAGCCACAAUCUUGGCAAUCAGCUGGUGGUCGUAAUAGCGAUAGGGAAUCGAAGGAUCUGCCUUCCUCUCGGCAAUACACAGGGCUAAGCCUUGAAACCGAAGACAAUCAAUUUGUUGCUUCGAGUAAGUCAGCUCCGACCCUUUCAUCUGCGUAUCUCCAACGACCUGCGAGCCGUACUGUUGGUCCUUGCGACUUGAAUGCAAUGGCUGCAAAGGAAACCAAGCCUGAGGUUGCUCCUCACAAGUCUCACUUAUAUACAGAUCUGCGAAGAGAUGAUGGUCACUCAGGAAAUGUACGAGACGUGAAUCCGACUCAUCUGCCUAUGAAACCUCAGCCACCUAAAGGUCUCGCUAACAGAUCUCUUGAAAUAUCCCUCACAACUUCGACGCCUCCUCCCAUGCUGAAGGUUCCUUCCGUCAUUGGUUCGAAGCCAUCGAAAGGGGGAGGGAAUCAGCGUGUACUUCCAGAAGGAAUUGCAGCUCAGACACAGCAGCGUGAGACAAAUGCUACAAAGGAUGAGAACCAUACCACACUAAAAACAUCGACACUUGCAGAUCAAACAGCGAACCCCAAUUCGAUCAUGAGCUGCACCGGCAGUCCACGUAUCAUGUCAGUGAUGGUCACUACGGAAAGUAAACGACCUCAGUCUCAGCAGAAACACAAAUCUGAAGGUGUCUUCGAGUCAGAGGACAAGAUUUCCCACUGUCGCGAUAACAACACUAAGCAAACAGCGUACAAGCCAGUCAAAUCGGAAUCUCCACCUCAGAUGCAUGCCAAGCGAAGCCUUCAUGAACGUGACCAUCAUUCAGUGAAUCCAUGCUGUGGAAAUCCAACACACCUACCUACAAUAUCUCAAGCAACUACAGGUCCUUCCGACGGAUCUCCCAAGGCAUCCGUCACAUCCCCGAUGAAUGAUAUCCUGUUAAAUUAUCCUUCCGACGUCAUAUUUGUGCAGUCUAAAGGAAAAGGGAAUCAGCGCAUACUUCCUGAAGCAAUUCCGACUCAGAUGCAACAGAGCGAGACGAAAGCUAUGAAGGAGAACUAUGCCUUGCUAAAGAGAUUGACGCCUGCAAGUCGAAUAGUGAUCCCCAUGAAGGAUAAGGUCGUGAUAUCUCAAACUGGAGAAGAGAAAGCGCCGAGCCGGAAGAUAAGGAGAGCAUUGGAAAGAGAGCAGAAAAUGACGAGCCAGCAACAGCCAGCACCUUCAAAAGUCGUGAAGACUAAACUCGUUCAAUCGUCACCAGAAGGUAGAGUCGUGGAAUACCCACCGCCUCUCAAAUUUGAGAGAAUAACCUCAAAGACGUCGCCAGACAUAGCUGCAGCGCCGGGUCGGCUAGGGAACAUCCAGCUCGGCACCAGUCUAAACCACAUACCUUUCUCCAUGAUUUAUAUUCAUAUUGCCAUCUGUCCCACUCUAUCUUCGGGAAACUCCCAAGCCAGCUUGCUUGUGCAUUCAAGUCUGGCGCUUCCGGAAAUUGAUCCAAGUGUUGCCAUAACUGAACAGCAAAAUGAUGAAGCAUCGGAAUUUGAAGCGAAAGGUAUAAUCGUGGACGUAGAAGCCUUCGCAAGUGGUAAAUGGCAUAAUCGGGAAAGAAACCGGCACGUCGGAGCAAUAAGAAGACUUGAAGAUUUGAUUCAGGAUCUGGGUGCAAACAUGCAACGCACAGUCCAAAUCAGGAUCACAUUGAAUAUCGACGAAGGAAAGAACGAAGGAACAUCGAAUCAAUGCCAGAACCUAGACACAAUCUCGAGAGUAAAUGGAUUAAUCGCGGAAUCGACGAGACGGCAAUAUCAAGGGGCCCAUCAUCAAUAUCAUCCCUAUUUUGGAAAGGGUUCCCAGGAGCCGGCACACGCCGAUUCCCAACUUCACCGCAUGAAGUCUUGGCCCUCUUGGGCUCCCUCUAAUCGUAUGUCACCCGAACGACAUCCUGACGUCUCUGGCGACAGAAACCAUUUCGAAGUUACUGUAAAAGUUGACUCAGGACAUUUAUCCGCAGAUUCACUUGCAGUGCCAGAUCAAGUUCAAAAUGCGAAUUUCAACCUAAUCCUUGACUCAUCUGGCAGCGAGAAGUCUGUACGCAAUGAGAUUCCCGAAUUUGAUGAACCUUGCCCUCCAUACGUGCAGGGUGUGGGAUAA